CUUUUAUAGAGCAGCAGCAGCAGCAGUAAUUACUCUUCUCAGUGAUCCAGGACUCGGAGGUAACAAUGCAGCGGCCAGCGGUGUGUCACCUGCCAAAUGAAGAUCUGGAAAUCUUAAAUGCUGAAUAUGGAAAGAACAUGAUUAAGCUUCUUCGCAUUAGAAGAGAUGGCAAGAAACACUGCAUUAAAGAAGUGGAGGCUUGUGUACAUCUUAGACUGGAUUCUGUCAACGAGUACUCGCAGGGAGACAAUUCUGCUGUUAUCCCUACUGACACCAUGAAGAACGCUGUCAUUGCUUUGGCAAAAUGCAACGGGAUUGAAACUAUAGAACAAUUUGCCCUGGAUAUCUGCAAUUACUUCAUUUCCUCAUAUUGUCAUGUGGUGUACGUCAAGGCGUAUAUUCAAGAGACACCAUGGCGGCGUGUAGAACAGAAUGGAGUUCCCCAUGCCCAUUCCUUUAUCUUUGUUCCUGAAGGAAUUCGCUUUUGUGAAGUUGAACAGUGUCAGGAUGGCUGUCCACUUAUUUCUUCUGGAAUUAAAGAUCUUAAACUUAAGAAAACAACACAGUCUGGCUUUGAAGGCUUCCACAGGGACAAAUACACCACACUGCCUGAGACGACCGACAGGAUUUUAAGUGCAGAACUAUUCUGCAAGUGGUGCUAUGGCGAGUGCCAAGAUAUUGACUUUGACUGUGUAUGGGAUAUUGUUCACGAGAGUGUCCUUGAGGCAUUUUCUGGGCCACCUGACUGUGGGGAAUACUCACCCUCUUACCAGAAGACUGUCAAUGAUAUUCAGAUGCUCAUCCUGGCAAGAGUUCCUCAGAUAGAGGAGACUGAAGUCAUCUUGAACAACAUUCACUAUUUUGUCACAGACUUGAAGAAACUGGGAUUGACCAAUGAAAAGGAGGUUCUGAUCCCAGUGGACACUCCCUAUGGUUCUUGUACAUGCGUACUCCGUAGGAAGAAGUGCUUAGAAGAGCAAGCCUAAAAUACAAGAGAUGAGAAGCAAUGUCAGUGAAUUGGAUGGAUGUUUCAACAGGGAACAAACUAAACAUUUGCGCUCCAUUCACACAUAUAAGAUGAAUUUACCAUGUGGCUUUCGUUUCAGAAUGUAUCCAUUCUAUUCAUUGAUCUUUUUGUAUAUUGCCUGAUCUGGGCCUCCACAAAUUACAGAGAUUGGGAUUUUGAAAGGAGCCUAAGGAAUUCAGAUUUCCAAAUCCCAUUGAAUCUCCAUAGGAUUUGUGUACAUAAUUCUCUUGGGCUACUUUGAAAAUCCCAGCAAGAAAUAUUAAAAUCAGUUCAUUAGAAAAGAACUAUUUUCAGGCGUAUGAUGAAAGUUUCAGUUAACCAGUUAAUGUCUCCAAUGUGCUUUACUCAUUUAAAAUCCUAAAUAGGUUCUAUAAAUUAUUAUUUAUUAAUGUUUGUGCAUUAAUGCAUUGUAUUAACAAAAUUAAUGUAUAAUCAUGAGAGCAAAUCUUUAGGUGGUGUAAACUGGCAUGACUUCAGUGGAUUACACUAAUUUACACA